AUGCAUCUCUUUCAUUUUUCUCUUUUUUUUCCUUUUUGUCGUUUCUUUUUUCGUCCAUUCAUUCCGUGUCAUCGACUACAGACCUUUACAUCUAUCUAUCUAUCUAUCUAUCUAUCUAUCUAUCUAUCUAUCUAUCUAUGUCUGCUCCUAUCUAUCUGUCUAUCUAUCUAUUUUACUAUGCUCUUAUCUAUCUAUCUAUCUAUCUAUCUAUGUCUGCUCCUAUCUAUCUAUCUAUCUAUCUAUCUAUCUAUCUAUCUAUAUAUCUAUUUUACUAUCCAUUAUCUAUCUAUCUAUCUAUCUAUCUAUCUAUCUAUCUAUCUAUCUAUGUCUGCUCUUUUCUAUCUAUCUAUCUAUCUAUCUAUCUAUCUAUCUAUCUAUCUAUUUUACUAUGUUCCUAUCUAUCACUCUAUUUUACUCUGUCCAUAUCUAUCUAUCUAUCUAUCUAUCUAUCUAUCUAUCUAUCUAUCUAUCUAUCUAUCUAUCUAUCUAUCUAUCUAUCUAUUUAUCUAUGUCUUCUUUUCUAUCUAUCUAUCUACUAUCUAUUUUAGUCUGUCCAUAUCUAUCUAUCUAUCUAUCUAUCUAUCUAUCUAUCCAUCUAUGUCUCCUUUCUAUCUAUCUAUCUAUCUAUCUAUCUAUCUAUCUAUCUAUCUAUCUAUCUAUCUAUCUAUGUUCCUAUCUAUCACGCUAUUUUACUCAAUCCAUAUCUAUCUAUCUAUCUAUCUAUCUAUCUAUCUAUCUAUGUCUGCUCUUAUCUAUCUAUCUAACUAUCUAUCUAUCUAUCUAUCUAUCUAUUUAGCUAUAAUUUCUUUCUUUGUUAUCUCCUAUCUAGAUUUUCUCCUUUUCUAUUUCUUUAACUAUCUUAUCUUUGUCUGCUCCCUAUCUAUCUAUCUAUCUAUCUAUCUAUCUAUCUAUCUAUCUAUGUCUCUCCUUUCUAUCUAUCUAUUUUUAUGCUCUAUCUAUCUUUCUUUUUUACUCUUUUCUAUCUUCUAUCUAUCUAUCUAUCUAAAUCUAUCUAUCUAUGUUGCUCUUAUCCAUCUAUCUAUCUAUCUAUCUAUUUAUCUAUCUAUUUCUAUUUCUAUUUCUUUGCACAUGUAUUUUUUCUCUUUCUUUCUUUAUCUGCUCCUAUCUAUCUAUCUAUCUAUCUAUCUGUCUAUCUAUCUUUGUUCUAUCUUUCUUUUGUCUUUUUUUGUUCCUAUCUAUCUAUCUAUUUGUCUAUCUAUUUUUUCUUUCUUUCUUUCUUUUCAUGUAUUUUCUUUCUUUUAUCUAUCUAUCUAUCUAUCUAUCUAUCUAUCUAUCUAUCUAUCUAUCUAUCUAUCUAUUUUUGUUAUUUUCUUUCUUUUUAUCCUUUUAUCUAUCUAUCUAUCUAUAUCUAUCUAUCUAUCUAUCUAUCUAUUUUCUAUCUAUUUAUCUAUCUAUUUUCUAUGUCCAUAUCUAUCUAUCUAUCUAUCUAUCUAUCUAUCUAUCUAUCUAUCUAUCUAUCUAUCUAUCUAUCUAUCUAUCUAUCUAUCUAUCUACCAAGCAGAAGAAUCACCCUGA